GCGCAUGUCUGAUAGCCUGGAGGCUCUGCCUCUAGAAAGCCUCGGGACGAUUGAGGCAGACGGUCACGGAGCGUCCGGGUCUGCGCGCCGCUCAGGGAGCUGCUAUACCUUCAGAGAUUUCAACAUUUUUCCAAGACCAGCAAAAUAUGAAGAAAUCUUAUGGUAUUGCAUCCCUAAACCAGAACUGAUCUUCAGGUUGGAACAAGGAGAGCAACCAUGGGUAUUAGAGGAAGAGUCCCCAAGCCAGAGCUCCCCAGAAGUCUGCAAAGUUGAUAAUCAGCUAGAGCAGAGUCAGGAAAUCCAGGACAGACAUUUCGGGCAAGCUCCGUUUAUCAACAACAAAACACUGACUAUAGAGAGAGGUAAUGUAUUAGGAAAAAUGUUUAAUUUCAGCACAUACCCAGUUUCUUCUGUAAAAAUACCUUGUAAAUGUGACACAAGUGGUAUGAGUUUGAAAUAUAUUUCAGAAUUAAUUAUUGAGAAAAACUAUUUAAGAAAGAAGUCUGAUGAUCUCAGCGCAUAUGGAAAAUUAUUCCUUCAUAUUAACCAUGAAAAAACUCAUGUGGGAGAGAUACCUUAUGAAUUCAUUCAAAAUGGAAAGUACCUCAGUCAUAAUGAAGACUUCAUGCCAUAUGAGAAAAUUAAAAAUGUAGAGCAUUCUUUUGACUACAAAGAACGUGGGAAAGAUUUCUGUGAGAAGACACUUUUCAUCACGUAUAAACAAGGUCACAAGGGACAGAGUCCUUGUGAACAUAGGGAAUGUGAUAAAACAUUCUGUAAUUAUUCAACCCCCCAAAAAAGAGAAAGUCUUUAUGAGUUUAAUGAAUAUGGUAAAGCCUCUGAGAAAUUAUCUCUCUUGAAACAUAGAGUUCAUUUGAAGGUGAAAGAUUAUGAACAUACUGAAAAAGUAGAUAAUUUCAGCAGAUCAAAUUUUCCUGACACAGGAGAGAGAACAUUUGAAUCUAACAGCCUGAGGGAACCUUUCUGGGAGAAGUCAGUUCCUAAUGUAACUCAGAGAACAGGCAUAGGAGACAAUGUCUAUGAAUGUAAUGAAUGUGAAAAAGCAUUCUGUGAAAAAUCAAAACUCACCAAACAUCAGAGACUACAUACAGGAAAGAAACCCUAUGAAUGUAACGAAUGUGGGAAAUGCUUCUCUAGAAAGUCACUUCUCACUUUACAUCAGAGAAUCCACACUGGAGAGAAGCCCUAUAAAUGUAAUGAAUGUGGGAAAUCCUUCUCUAGGAAUUCACACCUCACAAUUCAUCAGAGAACUCACACAGGAGAGAAACCCUAUGAAUGUAAGGAAUGUAGAAAAAGCUUCUACCAUAAGUCAUAUCUCACAGUACACCAGAGAAUUCACACAGGGGAGAAACCCUAUGAAUGUAAUCAAUGUGGGAAAACCUUCAUAAGCAACUCAGUUCUCACAGUACAUCAGAAAACACACACAGGUGAGAAACCCCAUGAGUGUAGUCAAUGUGGGAAAUUUUUCUCCAGGAAUUCAUACCUUACAGUACAUCAGAGAACUCACUCAGGUGAGAAACCAUAUGAAUGUAAGGUAUGUGGGAAAACCUUCUGUCAUAAGUCAGAUGUCACUAAACACCAGAAAACUCACAUAGGGAGGAAACCCUACAAAUGUAAUGAGUGCGAGAAAACCUUCAGUCGCAAUUCAGGCCUAAAAGUACACCAGAGAACACACACAAAGGAGAAACCCUAUGAAUGUAAUGAGUGUGGGAAAUCAUUCUCUGAGAAAUCAGUCCUCACGGUACAUCAGAGAAUACAUACAGGGGAAAAACCUUAUAAGUGUAAUGAAUGUGGAAAAACCUUUUACAAUAAGUCAGAUCUCACUAAACACCAGAGAACUCACACAGGUGAGAAACCCUAUGAAUGUAAGGAAUGUGGGAAAUUCUUCUCUAGAAAUUCAUACCUUACAGUACACCAGAGAGCUCACACAGGGGAAAAACCCUAUGUCUGCAAAAAAUGUGGGAAAACCUUCUACUAUAAGUCAGACUAUACAGUACAUAAGAGAACACACAGAAGGGAGAAGUCUUCUCACUGUGAUCAGUGUGGGAAAACCUUCACUUGCAAUUCAGUCCUCAGAUCACAUCAGAGAACUCACACAGGGGAGAAGCCCUAUGAAUGUAAGGAGUGUGGGAAAUCUUUCUCUGAGAAAUCAGUCCUCACUGUACAUCAGAGGAUACACACAGGGGAAAAACCUUAUAAGUGUAAUGAAUGUGGGAAGCCCUUCUAUCAUAAGUCAGAUCUCACUAAACAUCAGAGGACACACACAGGGGAGAAACCCUAUGAAUGCAGUCAUUGUGGGAAAACCUUCAGUUGCAACUCAGGUCUCAAAGUACAUCAGAGAAGACACAUAAUAGGAGAGAGGCUAUUCAAAUGUAAUGAAUGUGGGAAAACAUUCAAUCACAAGUCAAACCUCACAGUGCAUCAGAGAACACAUACAGGGGAGAAGCGCUAUGAAUGUACUAAAUGUGGGAAGUCCUUCCAACAGAAGUCAAUGCACAUGGUCCAUCAGAGAGUUCACACAGGAAAGAAGCCCUAUGAACAUAAUUUAUGUGGGAAGACCUUCAGUCACAAAUCAGCCCUCACAGACCAUCAGAGAACACACACAGGAGAGAAACCCUACAAAUGCAAUGAAUGUGGGAAGUCCUUUUACCGAAAGUCAUCCCUCACUCAACAUGGGAGGACUCACACAGGGGAAAAACCCUAUGAAUGUAAUGAAUGUGGGAAAACUUUCUGCCAGAAGUCAGCUCUCAUUCAACAUCAGAGAACUCACACAGGAGAGAAACACUUUCAGUGUAAUGAAUGUGGUAAAACUUUCUGUCAGAAGUCAGCCAUUGUUAUACAUCAGAGAACUCACUCAGGAGAGAAACCCUUCCAGUGCAAUGAAUGUGGAAAAUCUUUUCGUAUGAAGUCAACUCUUACUAAACAUCAGAGAACUCACACAGGGGAAAAACCCUAUGAAAGUAAUGCAUGUGGGAAGAAUUUCUGUCAGAAAUCUACCCUCACUAAUCAUUUGAGAACUCACUUGGGGGAGAAACCUUAUAAAUGUGGAGAAUGUGGGAAAACUUUCUGCCAGAAAUCAACCCUUACUAAUCAUCAGGGAAUUCACAUAGGGCAGAAGUCCCAUGUGGCACAAACUGGCUAUGUUUUUCCCAAUACUCAUUUCCUUUUUUGUGUGGAUACACAACUAGUUAAGAUUUUCUAGCUUUCCCUUGAUCCACAUGAGGUUAUGCGAUCAAGCUCUGUAUCAGAAUGUGGGCGUAAGUGAUGUACAUUAUUUCCAAGCCCAUGAAAGACCUCAUUUGGAAUCCUUCCUACUUCCCAUUCUUUCCCUGUCAAAGAUCAUCCUCAGGACAGCUUGGGAGUGAGGCAUUAGAGAUUACAGAUUCACAAGUUGGAAGAAACCAGGGUCUCUGAAUGACUUCCUGAGCAGAGCCCUCCCUUCUCUACCAUGACGCUUAAGUCUUUUCAGGAACAAGAAAUAAACUUGCAUUGUGUUGAGCCAUCACAUGUUCAGGUCUAUUUGUUGUCAUAGCUUAUCUUAGCCAUCCUGUAUUUCAUAUAGCCUGUGAAUCUAAUGAUGGAGUGAGAAACAGUGUAUGUCAGAGAAUUCAGUAAUAGAGAAACCCCUGUCAAUAUCCUGCAUUUUAAUAACCCUUCAUCAGCAAGUCAAACAUUUUGUAAAUCAGAUAUUUACCAUGAAAAACCCCAAGAUGAAAUGGCUGUAGGAAGAUUUUCACAAAGACACAGAUUUUACUGAACAUCAGAUAAUUGAGAGUAGAAUAAAACCUUAUAAUAUCAAAACACAUUUCAAAAUUUGUAUAUCAGAGAAUAUGUGACAGAAGAAAAUUGUCAGCUUUAGAAAUGUCAGGGAGGCUUCCCUGGUGGCGCAGUGGUUAAGAGUCCGCCUGCCAAUGCAGGGGAUGCAGGUUCGAGCCCUGGUCUGGGAAGAUCCCACAUGCCGUGGGAGCAACUAAGCCUGUGUGCCACAACUACUGAGCCUGGGCUGUAGAGCCCGCAAGCCACAACUACCGAGCCCAUGUGCCACAACUACUGAAGCCUGUGCGCCUAGAGCCUAUGCUCCGCAACAAGAGAAGCCACGACAAUGAGAAGCCUGUGCACCGCAACGAAGAGUAGCCCCCGCUCACCGCAACUAGAGAAAGCCCGUGCACGGCAACGAAGACCCAACGUAGCCAAAAAUAAAUAAGUUCAUUAAAAAAAUGUUGGGGGAAUCUUCAUCUGGAAAUAAUCUAAUUCUAGAAGCAAGGUUUUGGAUGCAGUACCAAAUAUCUUAUUAGAAAUAUAACACAGUAUGUUUACUUAGUCAUGCUCACCAUGGAAUAUGUAGCUUUAAAAAAGGCACAAAUGAGUUGAAGCAUCAGAAUAGCAGCUUUCAAUGUGUAUGUAAAUAGCCUCUGAGCUAUGUCAGGCUGAUAUGCAUAAUUAUGCUCUUUAACACUUACUUCAUGUAUGUUUGAUUUUUGUUUCAGACCCCAAAAUAAUCGUAGUGGAAUGAUGACGCUUACCUAAAUAACUUUAUUUAUAUCAGGGUUUCUUACACUAAAUACUAUUGUUGUUUCAUCAUAUAUUUACACAACAUAUACUUUAGAAGACACAUUGAAUGCAUAAAAUGCCACAUAUCCUGUGUUCUUUACUCUUUGGUGACAUAUAUAAAUGGGUAUAAACAUUGUUACCAAACUGUCCUUUCAGUAAAUGACCCAAACAAUGUUUAAUAGAAUCAAGGUUUACUUAAAGUAUGCAACGAACCAGUACACAAUUGUUUAUAACACACAUCUGAGUCAAUGUUCAAAAGUAGCCUUGAACAUUAGUACUUAUACUUUACAGAUUAAAAACAGCACUUGUUGAAGAAGUUACCCCCAUUUUAUAUUUUUUAUAUGUCUAAGUGAUAUGCUUAUAUAAAUUUAGGUGUGAAGCUCAGAUUUUAUGUGAGCUAAGAACUAUCUGUGUUUGUAUUUAGUGUGGUAGAAUGCCACAGUUUUCUUCCUUGAAUUAUGUGACAUGGCAUUGUUUUCUCAGACAAGCUGUUCUAUUUCUGCCACUUAUCAUUUGUGUGACCUAUGUAGUGAUUUAAUCUCUCUGUGCCUCAGUUUCCUCAUUUGAAACAUGGAGAUACUAUUACCUACUUCACAGAUACUGAAUAGUUUGACUUGGAGUGUUCUGUUAUAGCCAAAGGCAUUUAUGUUCAGAACUUGAACUUUAGAAAUAAAAUUGUCUAUCAUUCCAUUGUUUGAAAGGAAUUUCUAUUUGUUGAUACAAGAAGAUUCUUUUUAGAACUUUCCAUUUUGUCAGGUGUCUUCUCUUUAAAACAUAUGAAACAAAUAUGUUUUAAGUUAAGUUGAAUGAUCAACUGACCCCCUUCUCUUACUGCUUGAUUAAAUAUGGUGCAAAGUAAAGACCCAACUUUGUUUUUUUCCAGAUGAAUAGCCAGUUGAUCUCUCACCGUUUGAUUUAUUCACCCUAUUUUACUGAUUUGAAACCCGUUUUUAAAUUGUAUGCAGGACUUCCCUGGUGGCGCAGUGGUUGAGAGUCUGCCUGCCAAUGCAGGGGACAUGGGUUCGAGCCCUGGUCUGGGAGGAUCCCACAUGCCGCGAAGCAGCUAAGCCCCUGUGGCACAACAACUGAGCCUGCGCGUCUGGAGCCUGUGCUCCGCAACAAGAGAGGCCGUGAUAGUGAGAGGCCCGCGCACCGCGAUGAGGAGUGGCCCCCGCUCGCCGCGACUGGAGAAAGCCCUCGCACAGAAACGAAGACCCAACACAGCCAAAAAUAAAUAUAAAAAUAAAUAAAUAAAUAAAGAUGUUUAAAAAAAUGUAUGCAGAAUUACCCUUUGAAGUGGCUAUUGUAUUUUUAGGCUCUGCAUUCCUGUCCACAUUAUUCUGCUGGUGCAUAACCCAGAUGGGCCAAUUAUAGGACACUGCCUGCCUUGAAAGGAGUCCUUCAAGCUGAAAUGAAAAGAUGCUAAUCAGCAACGUGAAAACAUAUGAAAAUACACAGGACACUGGUAAAGGUGAAAAUAAACUUAGAAAACUGUAACUCUGUAUUAGGAUUGUCUGUUAUCCCCUCAAAUAUAUAGAAGUUAAAGGAAGGGAGUAGUACAAAUAGCUACUGUAACUAUAUUCUGAGUGGAUUUGGU